GGGAUUUCAACUUUCAAACCUUAAAAGAUCAAAUAAGAAUGUAUCAAGAAAAUCUCUCAAACUCCGAUCUUUCCCUUCUUGAAUCCAUAAGCCAAAAUCUUCUCAACGAUUCUGAUUUAUCAGAUAUACUUUUGAGUGUGUCUCGGUCUCAUGAAUUCGCUGACCCCACCUCAUCUGGUAAAUUCGUUAAUUCUACCUUAUAUGGUGAAUGUGUUGAUUCUAGCUUUGAAUGUGUUGAUUCUAGCUUGUCAGAUGAAUUAACUGAUUCUACUCUAUCUAGUAAAUUCACCAAUUCCACCUUAUAUGAUGAAUUUGUUGACCCUAAUUCGUCUUGUGAAUUCAAUGAUUCCACCCUAUCAGGUGAAUUCGUUGAUCCCACCACUGAUCCCACCCUGUCUGGUGAAUUAGCUGACCCCACCAGUAGAUUUCACUCAAGCUGGGGAGAAAGUUGUGGGGAAACAAUUGAGGGAAAUUCACAAUCGGUGGCGGAGGUCUCCGGGCAGGCGGCGGCGGACGACUGGAGGAGGUACCGAGGGGUGCGGCGGCGGCCGUGGGGGAAGUUUGCGGCGGAGAUAAGGGACCCGAAGCGGCGGGGAUUCAGGAUAUGGCUCGGCACGUACGAGAAGCCGGAGGAUGCGGCGUUGGCUUACGACCGAGCCGCGUAUAAGAUGCGCGGCUCACGGGCGGUCCUAAAUUUCCCGCACCUUAUCGGCAGCUCCGACGCGCCGGAGCCGGUCAGAGUGAAGCCUAGGAAACGCCUCCAAACAUCGCCGCCGGCGGAGCCUCUCCCCAGUUCUCUCGUCGACGGCGAGUCUCCGAAAAGGAGAAAGAUUGAGUUAAUAAAUGCCGUAGCCAAAACCAAUCUCAUCAACGCAAUCUCUGGAAUCCAAUUUCGACCCACAGCUCAAUUGGUACUCAGAUAAUUAACAAAAUUCAAGAAAAGCUCAGGGAUUUUGCCCAGAAAUGGGAACAUGGAAUCCACUUAUAACUUCAAAUAAAUUAAAUUUUAAUUAGUGUCAUUAAGAUCACUUGAAAUUGGUACUCAGAUAUUUCUCCAGCAAAAGCUGUGAUGGCUUUAAGUCGAUCCAUCUUGUUGGU